ACCUGCGGGAAUGACUAGCGGUUGUUCAGUGAUACAUUAAAUCCAACACGAAUUUGUGACAUAAGGUUGAUUAGAGUACGACGGCAAGAUUUUAGAGUGAAUUUUCUGGUGAAAGUUAAGAUAGGAAGAAUGGCUGGCGCGCUAAUAUUUGAACGAGCUCAAGCGGUGUCCCUAGUUAAUCGCGAAGAGGGGAUUUCUCUUCUCAACAAGAUUGUAAGAGGCCAAGAAGUGGCGGAAAACGAUGAAGAACUUAUCCGAGUAAAGGAGCAGGGAAUUUUGCAGCUUGGUGAACUGUAUAAGCAAGAAGGGAAAGCUAAGGAACUCGCUGAUUUAAUCAAAGUAACACGCCCCUUUCUUAGCCUCAUUAGCAAAGCAAAGGCGGCGAAGUUGGUUCGGUCGCUAGUUGACUUAUUUUUAGAUUUGGAAGCUGGCACCGGCAUUGAGGUGCAACUGUGCAAAGAAUGUAUCGAAUGGGCAAAACAAGAAAAGCGCACAUUUUUAAGGCAAUCUUUGGAAGCUCGGCUUGUAGCUUUAUAUUUCGACACGGGGAUGUAUUCUGACGCCUUGCAACUUGGUUCGCAAUUGCUAAAAGAAUUAAAAAAGUUGGACGAUAAAAAUCUGCUAGUAGAAGUGCAACUGCUAGAGAGUAAAACAUACCAUGCCUUGAGCAAUCUACCGAAAGCCAGGGCUGCGUUGACAUCAGCCCGAACGACUGCAAAUGCUAUUUACUGUCCACCUAAAAUGCAGGGAGCGCUUGAUUUACAGUCUGGAAUUCUGCAUGCAGCCGAUGAAAGAGAUUUCAAGACUGCGUUUUCAUAUUUUUACGAGGCAUUUGAAGGUUUCGACAGCGUGGAAAGUAGUAAAGCGUUGACAGCACUCAAGUAUAUGCUUCUGUGUAAGGUGAUGCUUAGUCAAGCGGAGGAUGUAAAUCAAAUUGUUAGCGGGAAAUUGGCGAUAACAUACUCCGGAAGAGAUAUCGAUGCUAUGAAGGCUAUCGCACAAGCAUCACAUAAACGAUCUUUGGCUGACUUCCAAGAAGCGCUCAAAGAAUACCACAAAGAACUAGAGGAAGACGUCAUCGUAAAAGCUCAUUUAGGAACAUUGUAUGACACAAUGCUGGAGCAGAAUUUAUGCAGAAUCAUCGAGCCUUACUCACGAGUGCAGGUUUCUCACGUUGCCGAAUCGAUAAAACUGCCUAUGCCACAAAUAGAAAAAAAAUUAUCUCAAAUGAUCCUCGAUAAGAAGUUUAGCGGAAUUCUCGAUCAAGGCGAGGGCGUCCUCAUCGUUUUCGAAGAAUCUCCCGCCGAUAAAACGUACGAGCGAGUUUUGGAGACAAUCCAAAGCAUGGGAAAAGUAGUAGACACGCUAUAUCAGAAAGCUAAAAAACUUUCAUAGGUUUCCCUCUACCUGGAUGAUUUCUCUUUUUGUCGUAUAUCAAUCACGAUAAAUAAGUUCUUACAAAUUAUGAGUUCUUCAAAAUUAAAUUAAAUUCAAAAUUAAUAAAAAGGACUGAAAAAUUCAACAAUUCUUCAACUGAACAACAGAACGUAUUUGAUUCUUUAACUGAACUCAUAUAUGAAUAAUCCAAUUUUGUAAAAUAAACUGCAAUGGCAUAAUAGCUGCUGAA